GACUCUUUACGUUAUAUCAAUGAUGAUUGGAGGACCAAUAUUUGGAUACUUGGGCGAUCGUUAUAAUAGAAAAAUAACGUUAAUGAUUGCUUCUACAAUUUGGAUUUCAAUGACAAUUAUAGCGUCUUUUAUACAGAAAACCUUCCAAUUAUUCUUUUUCUUUCGUGGUUUAUCAGGAAUUGGAGAUUCUGGUUACCAUGCCGUUGCACCUGCCGUAAUAGGUGACUAUUACAUUGGACAACAGAGAUACAAAAUGUUGGCAAUAUAUUAUCUGGCACUGCCAUUUGGUGCAGGUUUAGGGUAUAUAAUAGGAGCUCAAACAGCAAUAUACACAUCAAGUUGGAGAUGGGGCUUAAGGAUUGUUCCAUGUUUGGCUAUAACUGCAUUGAUAUUGCACUGUUUUCUGGAAGAGUGUCCAAGAGGUGAGAGUGAAGGCGCAGCCAUGACAUCCACGAAUUGGAAAGAGGAUUUAAGUUACAUGGUGAAAAUCAAAACGUACAUCCUCAGCGUUGUGUCAUUUACAUGUCUAACUUUUGUGGGUAGUGCAUCGGUUUACUGGGCUCCUAAAGUACUAUGUCUGGGUUUAAAAUUGCAAGACAAAGAUUAUGCAGAAGGAGAAUAUAAUGAAGAAACUUCUUCUCUGUUAUUCCUUGGAAUUAUAGUUAUCAGUUCCGGAAUUAUUGGUGUCUAUAUUGGUUAUCUUCUCAGUUCAUUUUUCAAUGUUAAAUAUCCUAAGGCUGAUCCGUUGAUAUGUGGAAUUGGUAUGCUUACCGCAGCACCCCUGGUUAUACUAUCUUUUAUAAUAGCCAUGUACAAUACGUGGGCAUCGUAUUUUAUUGGAUUUCUAGGAUUUACUGCUAUUAAUUUGCAACCAGCUGUGGUAAGUGGAAUUCUCAUGUCAGUUAUAGUCCCUUCUAGAAGAUCCAUGGCGACUGGUGUGUUUUCUUUUGUUUGUCAUUUAUUUGGUGACGCAAUGAGUCCUUACAUGUUUGGACUUUGGACGUAUUAUUUUAAAAAACUGUUGGACCCAGAAGAUAUACCGCCUACUAGAAUCAUACAGUAUAAAGCGUUUCUUUGUGCCGUGUACGUUACAUCAGUGAUUGAUGUGAUAGGAGGAAUCACAUAUUUAAUAGCUGCUUGUUUUGUGGAAAAAGACAGGUUGAAACAAAAGCAGGCUGUGUUGGAAAGUCGAAGACCUGUAACAACGUUGUAAUCCUUUUCGUUUUUAAAACAUUAAUUAUUGAGGAUUAAUGUAUGAUAUAUACUUGAUUUGAAUGACUUGCUUGUUGUAUUUACAAAUAAUCGGAAUAAAAUUUUUCAAAUGUCUCUGGAAAAGGUAACUAACUUCUGUCGGUUUCAACAUGGACUGUUUUUAAAAGGUUUUGUUUAUUGUAUAUGAUAUCAUUUGACAUAUUGGAACUCAUACAUUUAAUAUCCGUUUGUAUAGACAAAGCAGCAGAAAACUGAACCACCUGAGUGAUAUCAAGUAAAUACAAAUUGAUAGAGACGGUAACAUGGACUAAGGAAUACUCCUUCGUCCAAGGGAUAUAUUUUGUUAAGAAAGAAGUUUUUAUAAAACAGUGUAUUAAAAAUGUAUUGUAAAACAAAUAAACAUAAAAGCUAUUGUCGUGAA